ACAUCCUGGAGACUACGAGAGAGAGAGAGAGAGAGAGAGAGAGCAUCUCCAAGAAAACACCAGAUGCAAAGGAGAAAGAUCAACCUCGAACCCCCCUUCUCUCCUUCUCGCUCAACCCAUCUCACCUUCUGUCUCCCACUUUUCUGUUCCUUCCUGAUUCCCUUGUCUUCAAUUCCAAUCAAUCAUCAGCGCGCUUUUGAUCAAUAGCAGUAGUAGUGGUAAUAGAAAGCGAAGAGGAGAGAUCGUGUCUACUUCUACGAAAUUUUCCACAAUCCAUCCUCUUUUUGUUAACAGGAGAGAUGAGGGAAGAGGAAGAGAGUUCGAACUGGUUCGCGCGCUGGGAGGAGCAGCUGCCUUCGCCGGAGGAGCUCAUGCCGCUGUCGCAGACCCUCAUCACCCCCGAUCUCGCCAUCGCUUUCGAUAUCCCGGUCGCCGCCGCUGCAGCCCCUGCCGGCGCCAACCAGAACCCUGGCCUCUCCCUCCACCACCCUCCCGCCUCCUCCCGCCCCCCGCCGCACUCCGAUCCUGAGUCCUCCGACCUCAACUCCGCCGCCGCCGGGGGCGACGAGCCGGCGCGGACCCUCAAGCGGCCCCGCCUCGUGUGGACGCCGCAGCUCCACAAGCGCUUCGUGGACGCCGUCGCCCACCUCGGCAUCAAGAACGCCGUCCCCAAGACCAUAAUGCAGCUGAUGAGCGUCGAUGGACUCACCCGCGAGAACGUCGCCAGCCACCUCCAGAAGUACCGCCUCUACCUCAAGCGCAUGCAGGGCCUCAGCGGCUCCGGCGGUGGAGUCGGCGGGGGGCCAAUCUCCGCCGCCGACGCCGCCACAGACCAGCUCUUCGCGAGCACCCCGGUGCCCCACCAUUUCCUCAGCCGCGGGUCCGUCGCAGGCCCCGAGCCCUUCCUUCCGUAUAUGCCGGUGGCCGCUCUGCAGCACCAUCAGCAGAUCACGGCCGCCAUGCAGCAGCAGCAGUACUACCAUCAGCGGCAUUUGGGGCAUUACGGAUCACCAACAGGCGGGGGAGGGUUCGACCACGCCUUCCCGAAUCGGGCCGUGCCCCAUUCGGGGAUGCAUCAGAUGGUAGGACCGGCGGCGCCGCCGGGCAUGGGUUUUCCGCCCACAACCUUAGUGGAUGAUUUGGAGCCUGCCAAAAGGGGAGGCAAUGGUGAGAGAAAGGUACUAACGCUUUUCCCUACUGGUGAGGAGUGAUAUGGUGCUUCUCUCACUCCAUGUUUACUCUAUUUAUCAUCUGCAGUGGGUGUAGAUUAUUAGGACUUCGUUUAGGCUUAUUUUAGAUGUUCUUCUAUUUCCAUUGCCACUGUCAGUGUGUCAUCCUCAUAUGUCCUUGCUAGGUCUGAGUAGUUAUGCUUGGAGCAGAGGAAGCUAGGAGAAUGAUGAUAUGGUCCUUAUCACAUUUGAAUCAGGGUCAAUUUAGUAUCCAGGGUUCUUAAUUAGUCUUCUCUUAGUGUAUAUUUUCUCUUAAUAUCACUUUAGUAAGCGAUGAUGUUUGUUUCUACAACUUUUGAUUUCGAAUAGAUUGUGGGGAAUUACUGAUGGAUCAUAGCUUUAUAUUCCGGACAAUUAGAAGGAGCUGGGUUGAUGCCUCAAAGAUAUUUGGAUGGGAGGAGGAAUGAGUUAGGAUAUGAAUAAUCCAUGGAUUCUCUUAUUGCUUGUGUGCUCGGAUUCAUAAUCCUCUGCUUCUGUAACGGGGAGCUUAUUGCUAAGAGAUUUAUAGACUCGUCAGUCAUACUUUCUUAUUUUCCCUCUCUACUAUGAGUCUGUAGGCGAAUCUGAACCUAUUUAGAGAGACUUCAAUGAGCAUGGUACCCUUUGGUUAGUUGUCGAUGUAAAUUACAUGACCCAAAAAUUCUUAUAUGCAUCCACCACUUACGUUAAGAAUCUUUCUUAACACUGUUGGUUGUAAUCUGAAUAUUCGAAAUAUGUUAUUGUACAAUGAAAAUCCAAUUGCAUGUAGAAUUUUUCUGAAUUUACCAGCCAA